CUUUUGAAACGUUACAUAUUCUUAGAGACAAAACAAAUAAAAAUAUUGUCAAUUUUAUUUCAGUUUCAUGGCAAACAAAGUCGUAUGUUCAAAGGUUUUUCGUGACCUCCGUUGUAUUGCUCGGUGUCUAAACACGGCUCCGACUGUCCCACCGAUGAAUUUCACCGGCAACUAUGGUUCUACGAAUUUAACAACACCGACAUUACAACCCACAGACAAAAUAUUAGUCGAUCCUGAGAAAAAAGUGAUCAAUUUUGAUGAUGUUAAGGAGUUGUUUACGGGUGUGUCCACCUCAAAAUUGAUUAAAUCAUCGCUGACACUUCAAAUGGCAUCGAUCGAGUCUAUGGUUGACCUAGGGGUGUGGGUAAUGAAUUCUAAGUUCAUGCACAUUCCAAUAUUUAGGGAGUUAAUUCUAGGAUUUGUUAAAAGAACAUUUUAUGAACAUUUUUGUGCUGGAAAAGACUUGACAGAAGUACGAAGCACGGUUAGUAAGUUGUCAAAAGUUGGUUUAAAAGGCAUGCUUGAUUAUGGGGUGGAACAUGCCACUGAUAAUGAGUCUUGUGAUCAAAGUAUGAAGGUUUUUCUUCAGACAGCCGAAAUGACCAAGUCACUUCCAUCCUCAUCUCAGGUCAGUUUUGUUGUAGUAAAGGUAACUGCAAUUUGUACACCAAAGCUACUCAAAAGAAUGAGUGAUUUACUGAGAUGGGAACAGAAAGAUCCUUCAUUCAAUCUCCCAUGGAAGGAAAAGACACUUCCACUUUUCGCGGAAUCGAGCCCUUUUUAUCACACUUUGAAUAAACCAGAGCCUCUAAUGGUCGAUGAAGAGCGUGAUCUACAAUUAGCUCAUGAUAGACUAAUGAAAAUUUGCAAGAAAUGCUUGGAUCUUGAUGUUGAAUUACUAAUUGAUGCCGAAGAUACAGCAAUUCAACCUGCAAUCGAUUACUUUGCAUACUCUGCAGCGAUUAAGUACCACAAAGACGAUCACCCUUUGAUAUUUGGAACAAUUCAAGCUUACCUGAAAGACUCAAAGGAACGUAUGAUGAUCGCGAAAAAGGCUGCAGGGAAAAUGGGAGUUCCUAUGGGGUUUAAACUUGUAAGAGGUGCUUAUAUGUCAAGUGAAAAUGAAUUGGCUUCAAGUUUAGGUUUCAAGUCUCCAAUUCACGAUAACAUUCAACAAACACAUAAUUGCUUCAAUUCUUGCGCGGAGUUUAUGCUUGAUGAAAUUUCUAAUGGCUCUGGAGCAGUUGUUCUAGCAACUCAUAACAUUGAGUCAGGUAAACUUGCUGCAUCCAAGGCUAUAGAUUUAGGGAUCAGAAAGGAUAGUCCAAAGCUCCAAUUUGCUCAACUAUAUGGUAUGGCAGAAGGGCUUUCAUUUGGGCUGAGAAAUGCAGGAUUUCAAGUGAGUAAGUAUUUACCAUUUGGACCAGUAGAGCAAGUUAUGCCUUACCUUAUAAGAAGAGCCGAAGAAAAUAGAGGUCUGUUGUCUUCAUCAGCCUUCGACAGGCAACUCAUGAGGAAGGAGUUAAUCAGGAGAUUUGAUGUGGCGACUUCAUGAUUUUUGAGAAUUAAUGGAAGUGUAUAUGCAUAUAACUAGUGCUACGAAUAAAGCAAGGAGGCGUAUAUGAGUUUGUAACAGAGCAAUUGACGCUCAAAAAUCCUUAAUUGAUGAUUAUUUUUUUGUGUUAACGUGAUUAAAAAUCUGUCAGCAAUUACUGUAAAUAAUUCAAUGAUGUGGUAGACAUGAAUUUAAUUGGAAUCAAUUUUUUAAAUCGAGACCUUAUCAAGGAGAGACGUGCCACUAAAUAUUUGCCAACGUUUUUGACUUCGAAUAACAAGAAAAGUGAAGUGGGGCAAGCAAUGGAAUGCAUAGAUAGCCCUGUUAACAAAGAGCUACCAGUUGUUAUAGCUAGUGCCUUGUCCACUACUAUUUUUCUUUAUCUUUUUCUAGUACUAGUAUGGAAGUUUAUUACAUCUUU